AUGUCGUCGGAGCAAGACUACCAGGACCUCUUUGGCCCCCAGGCCAAAAAGGCCAAGCGAGGACGGGAACAGCUCCAGACAGACAAAUCAGCCAACGCGAUACGAAUCCGUGACAAUCAGCGUCGGUCUCGCGCCCGACACAAGGAGUUCGUCGACGAGCUUCAGCGAAAGGUCCAGGAGUACGAGAAACGGGGCAUCGAGGCUUCGGUGCAAAUGCAGAAAGCCGCUCGCGACGUAUCAAUUGAGAAUGCUCGCUUAAAAGCUUUGCUGGCAAGCAGAGGCGUUUCUGGCGAACAGGUCGAGGCAUAUUUGAGGUCCUUUGAAGACGAUAGCAAAGGCUCGCCUGUGGCGCCUCUCCCGGCAACUCUUCCUCCCAUCUUGAACACCCCUGUUGUUCUCGAGCCAUCGCCAACACAGCUUCCGCCGCUCCAGGAACAUUUCAGUAACACGAGGUUCUCAUCUGAACCAGAGGGCGAUUCAAAUAACGCCAAGAGAAAAUUUGGUGAUACUCUUCCGCCCGUGCUCACUCUGACCCCCACACCGGACGUCCAGCAGAACUCGCCGCUGGAUAAGCUCACCAUGCUGGCCAAUGCUAGUCUUAACCGGUCAAGUCAGCCGCCUCCGCCUACACAAACGAUUCCAGAGCCCGGCAGAAAUCCUCAUUUCUAUGAGCGGAGAAGUCAGACGCCCCCUCGCCGGACCGAAUCACAUCGUCCGCCCGCUGCGUCCCCGCACGAAAUGUCUUGCAACGCCGCCGCCCGAAUCAUCGCUGACAUGCAGGGCUACGGAGAUGAACGCACAGCCCGCAUUUCUCUUGGGUGUCGUACCCAAGAUGAUGAAUGCUUUGUCAAAAACACAACCGUCUUUCGCGCACUUGACCACCGGUGA